AUGGUGAUGAUGGUGAUAGUGAUCGUGCUGGUGGGUAGUGGUGGUGGUGAUGAAGAAGAAGAAGAAGAUGAUCAUUUUGAUUACGAUAGGGAUGAUGACGAUGAUGAUGGUAAUGCUUAUGCUGAAGAUGAUGAUGCUGCUGGUGAUGAUUACGAUGAUGCUGCUGCGGCUGCUGAUGUUGCUGCUGCUUCUGCUGCUGAUGAUGAAGAAGACGAAAAAGAAGUAGGAGAAGAAGAAGAAUAUGAUGAUGAUGAAGAUGAUGAGGAUGAGAUUGAUGAGAAAGAUGAACUUGACGAUGGCUUUGGUUAUGGCGAUGGAGAUGACGAUGAUGACGCUGCUGCGUCUUCUGAUGCUGCUGAUGAUGAUUAUAAUAAUAAUAUAAUCAAAAAGGAGCAGGAUGUAAUAAGAAGAGAUAUAAAGGAUCGUAUAACAUCGAUGGCCGCAACGAACCAGCAGCUCAGUGAGGUGGCUUCUUUUAAUCAGAAGCUGACAUCUGUCUAG